AUGCUCAUCGGACUACCGGUCUUGAAGACCAUCUACCUGCUCCUCGCGAGCUCCCUCUUUGCCCAGCUGGUACUAUCGUCAGGUAAAGAUGACGAAGUUCUUCUCUGGAUCGACUUUGACGGAACAAUCGCGACGAACGAGGCUUUCGAGACAUUGGCGCUUGCUGCGUACGAUUCUAUGACCGCUCAAGAGGCAGCGCAAUUCCCGCCCUGGAGCUACUAUGGCGAUGUCUACUACGCCGAAUAUCUCGACUUUGCCGACAACUAUGGGCCCCGUGAAAAUAUCUCUGCGGAGAUUGCCUACCGUUCCUCCCCCGCUCUCCACAAAGUCGAAUCCGACUCAUUUGAACGCGUGUCGGAGUCUGGUAUCUUUGAUUAUAUGCAAUUCCCCGUUCUCCAGAAGGCCGCCGCUACGGUCACCAUUCGCGAAGGCUUCUGGAAGAUGAUUGCGUCAUCCCUAGAGUGCGACAUUACCCCGCGCAUCGCAUCCCUCAACUGGAGCGUCCGCUGGAUCCGUCAGGUUCUGCGCGAAGACCUGAAGAGGAUGCGCGCCAACGCUACCGCAGAGGAGCGCGGAUGGCUCAAAGCCGACCUCGCUGAGGACAUUGCCAUCUACUGCUCCGAGAUCCUGCCUGACGGCAUGGUGAGGGCCAAUAAGCUCGACUUCCCAACCAGGCUGCACACCGGUAUGGACAAGGUUGAGCUUAUGGCACGAUUUGAAGCGGACAGAAAAGGAAAGAAGGAGGCCGACAGGGUUUUGUUUUUCGGGGACUCGACGAAUGAUCUUCCCCCGCUGUGGCUUGAGCCUACUACGGUUGGCGUGGUUGCGGGGCUGGAUAGUGGGAUGAAUAAAACUUUGACAAAGUUUGGCAUUGAACUUGUGAAGUUGGAUCCAGAGGUGAAGGUUCAAGAUACGGUUGGAGAGGGUUUCUUGUACCAGACGGAUGAGUAUUUUGCUGUUGGGUCUUGGUUGACCGGAGAAAGUUGCAAAAAGAGGAAGGGUUAUUAG